GGAGGUGUAGGUUUGGUAGCACACACCAAAAAAAAAAAAGUCUGCUCUCUUACUUUCCCCGAAGAGGUGGGACAGGUGUUUGUCAGACCCAUAGGGCUGUAGAAAUAGCAUUUUGAUCGUGUUUAGGUCUUAACACUCCAGAAAAUCCCAAAAUGUUAUGAAAGAGACAAAGAUGGAGCUUGACGAGACGGAGACCAAUUCGUCACUUUCCUGGUCUCCCGUAUCAAGAGACAGACUCCUGACAUGUGCCAACCUUUCUGAUUUUGCAGGGAAAAAAAGGAAACAGGACCCAAGCAGCGAUGCUGAAUUUUCAGCUCGAUCCUCAGAAGACUAUGAUGAUGAUGACUUUCCCGUUGAUCCCCCGCUUGACAACGAGGGACCUUCUAACAAGAGGGUUAAACCAGUGGACAGAAGUAGUGGAGUUACAGGUAUUAUAGCUCCAGUGAAAACCCCUGCACUGAAACGGUUGGGACAGUCCAUCCAGCGGUCCAUCAGCUUCCGUACAGAAGCAAGGCCGAUGCCACCGAUGGCGAUUCGGAAUCGUCAGAAAGCUUCUUCUUUCCCACGACGACGCAGCAGCCAGCUGUGGAGUGACACUGUGGACAGCCUGAGCCAGGAUCUUAGUGCUAAAGAGAUUAAGAGACAGGAGGUGAUCUAUGAAAUGACACAAGGAGAGAAGCAGUUGAUAGAAGACCUCAAUUUGGUUAAAAAGGUUUACUAUGAGCCAAUGCUGAAACUGGACAUCAUGACAGAAAGUGAACUGGGGCAGAUUUUUGGGACUCUCGAUUCUCUGAUUCCUCUCCAUGAAGAGUUUUUGGCUCGUCUGGAAGGGCUGCGAGGGUCGGAGAAGACGGUGGGAGAGGUUGGGCCGACCCUGCUGGACUGGUUCCCCUGCCUGGAUGCCUAUAUCACUUACUGCUGUAACCAAGUAGGUGCCAAAGCUCUGCUAGACCAAAAAAAGCAGGUACGGCGUGUUGAGGAGUUCCUCCGCUUGUGCCAAGAGUCAUCCUUCAGCAGGAAAUUGGACUUGUGGAACUUCUUGGAUCUGCCACGUAGUCGCCUUGUGAAGUAUCCACUACUUCUGAAGGAGAUCCAGAAGAGUACGCCACAUGAUCACCCUGAUGAGGACACGCUGCCUCAGGCCAUGGAGCUUAUCCAGAGCAUCAUUACCGAAGUUAACCGUAAGACCGGCGAAGCUGAGUGUCAGUUUUACAAACGAAGUCUGUGUUACCCAGAGGAGGGUCAAAGAGUUCCAGAGAUUCAUGCCUCACGCUUUCUCUACUGUCAUGGAGAACUCAAGAGCACCAAAGGACAGAAGCUGCACGUCUUCUUGUUCGAGCUGGUGCUGGUUUUGACUCGCCCAGUCAUGCAGGACAAGGAAGGCAUGGUACAGUUCCAGGUUUACCGUCAGCCCUUACCUGCUGCCCAAAUUCUCCUGGAAGACCUGCCUGAUGGAGAGGCCAGCAGUUCUGGAUCCUUCCGUGGAGCCUUCUCUGGCAAUGACAAAGUGAAGAACUGCUUCCGUGUGAGCAGCAGGGGGCGCUCAAAGGCUCAGUCCCAUAGCCUGCAGGCCAACGACUCCUUCAACAAGCAGCAGUGGAUUUCCUGCCUUCGCCAAGCCAUCAUCCAAUCACGAGACAGAGAUGCUCAGGCCAGCCAAUCCAAGCCACACCUAGACCCUGAGCCCCCACUUGAACACAUUGCUGAACUCAGCCUGAAUUCUGAUGUGGAGAUGAUAGACACAUAGGUCAGGGGUGACAUCACUUUACAAGGAAAAUGCUAAAGUUCCUGGUCAUUACAGUUGCACACACCUUUCAUUCAAGGAACUGAUAAAGUUUACAAACUUUCUUAAUAUCAAACCAAAGGUAUUUAUAUGGCUGGUUCUGAUCUUCAAGGCACAAAGCUGUGUUCCUCUGAUCCAACCCUGCUGUUUGAAGAAUGUGUAAAGUGAUUCCCAGUUAAACCCUGAGCUCAUUCCUGGGUUCUAUGUAGCUUGUAGACUUAUCAUUAAAUCUCACAAACAGUAAUUUGAAUCGUAUGAUAAUGAUCUAUAGUGUAUUAUGCGUGUAGUGACGUCUCCUCUCUGUUAAACUGACAGUUUUUAUGUGAUGUUGGUUUUCAACUAAUACAGUGUGGCAGAGAUGGUGCUAUUCACUAACUUUUGUUGAUUGUAAACUGUAUACAUGAAAAAAAAAUGUAAGUGCUAUAAUAAAAAGAAAUGUAAGUUAUAGCAGCAAGGUAGGGGUUUCAAAAUAAUGUCAAUGUCCAGAAUAAUGUCAGUGUCCAUUUAUAAUUGCAAAUAACAAAAUUGGUCAAAUGUUAAAAUAUUAGUAAUGAAUGUUAUGUUUCUGCUGUGUAUAUCAUUACCUUCAUAACUGCCCUUUAAUACUUUUUUUAUUUUUGAAAUCUGUAUUGUGUCACGUAUUUGGAUCCUCUGAUUUAUUUGCUUGUUUAUCUUCUUGUACUUGUUUGGACUCCACACUUCUUCACAUCACAUUUGGAAAUAAGUUGGUCAUGGCAGAACAUUUCCACAACAGUCUCUAUUGGUAAAAUAAUGGGGGAUGCAAACUUUGGCACUGUUAUAGCACAGACUAAUGUCAACUGUGGAUUUAAAGUGUCCCAGCUCCUAAAAGGAGAUAUAGCUAAAUAUAGACACUCCUACAAAGAGACCUGAACGAUUAAUGGCGAUUAAAGGUUUACUGGUCUGAAGUGUGUAGUGAGAGUGGGAUAGAUUUAUAGACUUAGGCGAACUUAUGGAAUAGAGAGCCUUUACAAACGAAGGUAAAGGCAACUAUACCUUUGGAAAUAAGAUUUUGUUCCAUCCAGCAUUGGAGAGCGACUGUUAGUUUGUUUGAGGUUUGUGUAAGUAUUUGUUCUCUAGCGUUAAAAUAGCUGACCAGUUAAAGUGUUUUUGAAUGUAAACACCUCAUACUGUAUGAAUUCAUGUGAUGAAAGCACAGGAAAAAAAUGAAGGAACUAUAAAAUAAAUUGUAGUCUAGCCUAA